CCCUAACAAAAGACAGUCACAGAAAACAUCCUUCCGUGAAGCAGACCGCAGCACUCAUCGUCGCACAACCAACCACCACCAGCACCUUUAACGAUACAAAAUGGUGAACAUCCCCAAGACCCGCAAGACUUUCUGCCCUGGCAAGCAAUGCCGCAAGCACACUGUCCACAGAGUCACCCAGUACAAGAAGGGUGCUGACUCCAAGGUCGCUCAGGGUAAGCGCCGUUAUGAUCGCAAGCAAAGUGGUUUUGGUGGUCAAACCAAGCCUGUCUUCCACAAGAAGGCUAAGGUUACCAAGAAGGUCGUUCUUCGUCUCGAGUGUGUCGUUUGCAAGUACAAGAACCAACUCACCUUGAAGCGCUGCAAGCACUUCGAGCUUGGUGGUGAGAAGAAGACUAAGGGUGCCGCUAUCCAAUUUUAGGUAGCAAAAUAAGAGUCUCUCUGAUCUCUUGCUUGUAAUAUUACAAGGAAAGGUGUGGGAUGUAUCUUUUGUAUA